AUGGCGGGUUUCUCUUCUCACAUUAAGCAAGAGAGCCGCGAGUAUCCGCACGGAGGAGUUGUCAGCCCGGUGUUCUCAUCAUCGAGAAGAGACCAGACACAGUAUGAUGCGUACAGCCUGUGGUCUAGCCCCCGGCUCCCCGGAGGUCGUGGUUCCCCCGCUAUCAUCGGUGCAGCGGCAUUCGCGUCAAUCCUUGCUGUAUUCUUCUUCGUGUCCUACUGCUCUGUGCUCCUAAAAAAGCAGAGGCUACGGAUGUCUUCAGGGAGAAAUCUUGCAGAAGACGAAAGGAUAACAGGUACGCACAGGACGGAACACGAUGCCCGGCCAAUUUGCGAAGCGACAGAAUCCCAGCCUGCAUCAGCGCAACAAGCUCCUGAAAUGUCCCUCAAGCUGCCUAUCGCAGAUGCCAUUGAUGAAAGUGCAGGCACUAGUUCAUGGAAACGGAAAAUAGAACAGGACUCUGAAAAGCAUGAUGGGUUCUUACUGCAACAGAAGAGGGCAAAGGGACUAGUGAAGCUUCCAGGAGAAUCAGUUGUGAACCCUGUCUUAGACAGCACGCUAAGUCAGUUGAUUGACGAGACGCUGGCAGCCGGAGACUCAGCCUUGUCACUAGAGGGGUGGCUUUUGGAUGCCAACGACGACUUCGAAGAGUCGCCGAACACGGCUUCGGAUGAGCCACUCCAAGCAAACGGGCAUUUAGAGUUCAUUAUGGAUUCCUCAGGGAAGGAUGCUUGCACUGUGUCAUCCAAACGACAGUUACAAUCCGGCGUCGGAAGCUUAGUAUACAGGCCCAGUGCUGUGCCUCGUGGGUUCUUUGAGGAGACGAUUAGCGCUCACCCCCAGCUGAGUCAUGAGGCACCGAGAACUGCAGACGGAUUUGCAAGCACUCAUUUUCCAAGUGCGCCAGCGUUUCCUGAAGCAUCCCAUGCCAUGCCACUUGACUUUCAGCCAUCGUCAACACUAACUGCAAUGUGCGGAGGGUCAUCGUCUCAGCAUUUACCGUUUUUUGGGCAGACGAGCACCCAACAAGGAUGCGUAGAGCCACCGCCAGAACAAGUCACAGACUAUCAAGGGUCUUCAUCUCAGCAUUUACAUUUUAUUGUGCCCAUGAUCGCCGGAGGGGAAUAUGAGCAGCGACCUUUAGAGCAAGCCGCAGUCUACGGAGGCACUCCACCUCAGUAUUUCUCCUUAAAUGGGGACAUGACGGGGCAGCAAGGAUACGAGCAGCAAGCCACACUUCCCGGAGAGACUGUAUCUCAAUUUCUUCCUCCAGUUGGGCAGGUUACGGCGCAACAGGGGUACGAACAGCAACAGUCAGCACAACCCGGAGUCGGCAAUAUGUCUUCACAGUUUCAUUUGCCUUUUGUGGGGCAGACACAGGAAAGUCCUUCCCUUGAUGAACGGCUUUUGCCCUUCGCGAAGGAUAUUACGACACACCCGUUCGUCAGACUGCCGUGUGUCGCACCCGGUGCUUCUGUGAGGGGAAUGAAGUGGGAGAACAUCAAGCGAUCACCCGGUUCUUCUCGCAAUGCGUACCACGUACUACGCUGCAUCAGGAGAAUCCUGAAGCUGCCAAUUGUUGGAAGUGCCGAGUUAUUGGACCUAGUGAUAAGCGUUGAGCGCCUCGUUAGCCACGCACUGUACAGUAUGGAUGCGGACGCUACUAAUUUGAAGCCGAAGCUGGUUGCCAGGAAGUUAGCAUUUGCUUUUAUGUUGUUGGAUUCGCUGUAUUCCGCGAGUGAGGUACUGGGGCGAAAGGCAAGGCGUAACGAAUGGUGGCCGGCGGUUCUCAAUGCUGUUCCUUUUUUUGUUGGCCCUUUUCGGAGUGUGCCGAAAGACACAGCAGAGUCUUCCAAUAUUAACUUGGCGCUACUACUUGACCAAAGCAUAGACUUUUACAGGCGCGGGAGGCAUCAGGGCUACAACCAAAACCGCGGUUGUGGUUUAACGAUGUGCAAUGGGUACCAUGCACAACGUGCAUACUAG